UUUUCCGCUGUUGUCUCUCACCAACUCGCUGCCCAAAAAAAAAUAAAUUUCCUGCCUGCGCUUGCGCUAAAUGCUAGAAAAACCGUUUUUACCGUCAAACGCGAAUUCUUGAGCCGCACGUUAACUAAACCGAGUGACUUGAGAACCAAAACGAAAAGAACGGGAAAAUGGAAGCCAGGGAAAAUCAGGGCUAACUAACGCUGGCAGCGGGGCCACCAUUUUUAAUUUCUUUGUUUAUUUUGUGCCCAUCUUCGCGAGCGAGCGAGACAGCGCCAUAGAGAGAAGGAGAGAGAAGUGAGUGCAGGAGGAGUUGGAUAUGGAAAUGGGUAUGGAAAUGGCAAUGGACUUACGCCAGGGAUAACGGACCAAUUCCAAGCAAUGGCCAGCAGCGCCGGAAGUGCGGCAUCCGGAUCCGUCGUUUCCGAUGGCGGUGGAAACAGCGCCUUCAGUUGUGCCACCAUGCCAAUGUCCACCGCCGGAUCCGGUGGUCCGCCCGUGAACCACGCCCACGCCGUCUGCGUGUGGGAGUUCGAGUCGCGUGGCGGCAAAUGGCUGCCCUAUUCCCCGGCGGUGUCGCAGCACCUGGAACGCGCCCACGCCAAGAAACUGACGCGCGUCAUGCUAAGCGAUGCGGAUCCCAGCCUGGAGCAGUACUACGUCAACGUCCGCACCAUGACCCAGGAAUCGGAGGCCGAGACGGCCGGCUCCGGUCUGCUGACCAUCGGCGUGCGCCGCAUGUUCUACGCCCCCAGCUCGCCGGCGGGCAAGGGCACCAAGUGGGAGUGGUCGGGCGGCAGUGCCGAUAGCAACAACGACUGGCGGCCCUACAACAUGCACGUCCAGUGCAUCAUCGAGGACGCCUGGGCGAGAGGCGAACAAACCUUGGACCUGUGCAACACCCACAUCGGCCUGCCCUACACCAUCAACUUUUGCAAUCUCACCCAGCUGCGCCAACCCAGCGGACCCAUGCGCAGCAUCCGGCGAACCCAGCAGGCGCCGUAUCCCUUGGUGAAGCUGACGCCGCAGCAGGCCAACCAACUCAAGUCGAAUUCCGCCAGCGCGAGCAGCCAGUACAACACACUGCCCAAACUGGGCGACACCAAGAGUCUGCACAGAGUGCCAAUGACCAGGCAGCAACAUCCACUGCCCACCAGCCAUCAAGUGCAGCAGCAGCAGCACCAGCAGCAUCAGCAGCAUCAGCAACAGCAGCAGCAACAUCAUCACCAGCAACAGCAACAUCAGCUGCAGCACCAUCAAAUCCAUCAUCAGACGGCGCCCAGGAAGCCGCCCAAGAAGCACAGCGAGAUCUCGACCACCAAUCUGCGCCAGAUUCUCAACAACCUAAACAUCUUCAGCAGCAGCACCAAGCACUCGAACAUGGCGACGGCGACCAGUGCCAGUUCGUCCUCCUCAUCGGCAUCCCUGCACCAUGCCAAUCACCUGUCGCAUGCCCACUUCUCGCACGCCAAGAACAUGCUGACUGCCUCGAUGAACAGUCAUCAUAGUCGCUGCUCGGAGGGAUCGCUGCAGUCGCAAAGGAGCAGCCGGAUGGGCUCGCAUCGCUCGAGAUCGAGGACGCGAACCUCGGACACGGAUACGAACAGUGUGAAAUCGCAUCGGCGGAGACCCAGUGUGGACACCGUGUCCACUUACCUCAGCCACGAGAGCAAGGAGAGUCUGCGCAGCAGGAACUUUGCCAUUUCGGUCAAUGAUCUGCUAGACUGCUCGCUCGGAAGCGAUGAGGUUUUUGUGCCCUCGCUGCCGCCAUCGUCGCUGGGCGAAAGAGCACCGGUGCCGCCGCCAUUGCCACUGCAUCCGCGACAGCAACAGCAGCAGCAACAACAGCAGCAACAGCUGCAGAUGCAGCAGCAACAACAGGCGCAGCAGCAGCAGCAGCAAUCAAUCGCCGGUUCGAUUGUGGGCGUGGACCCGGCCAGCGAUAUGAUAUCGCGAUUUGUGAAGGUGGUGGAGCCACCGCUGUGGCCCAAUGCCCAACCGUGUCCCAUGUGCAUGGAGGAGCUGGUGCACUCCGCCCAGAAUCCGGCCAUUUCGCUGAGUCGCUGCCAGCAUCUCAUGCAUUUGCAGUGCCUCAACGGGAUGAUAAUUGCCCAGCAAAACGAAAUGAACAAGAACCUCUUCAUCGAGUGCCCAGUAUGCGGAAUCGUUUACGGGGAGAAGGUGGGCAAUCAGCCCAUAGGCAGCAUGUCAUGGAGCAUUAUCAGCAAGAAUCUGCCAGGACACGAGGGUCAGAACACCAUACAGAUUGUCUACGACAUUGCAUCGGGCCUACAGACAGAGGAGCAUCCGCAUCCAGGUCGUGCCUUCUUUGCCGUGGGAUUCCCGCGGAUCUGCUACUUGCCGGAUUGCCCGCUGGGGCGAAAGGUGCUGCGCUUCCUUAAGAUUGCCUUCGACCGUCGGCUGCUAUUCUCGAUCGGACGAUCGGUAACCACCGGACGCGAGGAUGUGGUGAUCUGGAACAGUGUGGAUCACAAGACGCAGUUCAAUAUGUUUCCGGAUCCCACAUAUCUGCAGCGAACCAUGCAGCAGCUGGUGCACCUGGGCGUGACGGAUUAAGGAAGUCCCGUUUCCAUCCAGUAGAACCGUCAACAACCAACCACCCACCACCCACCGAAGCUUCCAUGAUAACCGAAACCCUCACCUCGAUCAUUCUCUUCCAUUUGUCGAUAAGUUACUUUCUACAUAAUCUCAGUGUGUGUGCAAUCCUCGUUUACUAUGAUAUAUUUUUUUUAUAGAUAUAUUGUAAUAGCGUUCGAGCUGCUCGAACCCUAAACAACAGCAAACCACAAUUGCAAUUGUAGCUUCCUUUCCGCUCUUCCAAUUCGUAUUUGUACGCACUUACCCAAUAAGUUAGUUAGCAUGUAGUUGUAGUUCCCAAGAGAAUCUUGACCCAAGACACCUACUAGUAUUAGGCAUUAUUAUCAUUAACCUGAAUCCUGAUUCUUGAUUCUUGAUUUUUGAUUCUUGAUUCCUGAUUUGAUUCAAGACACGCCACGCCACGCCAUCCCUCAAACAAACGAGUGUAAGCUGUGUGCCAAAACCGUAGCGCUCCCAUUAAUAGGAUAUGUAUAUUGUUGAUAUAGACAACUAUAACCAUCGCCCAGCUCUCCAUCUCCAUCUCUCUCGGUUUCGAAUACAUCUCUUUUGCCAGCUCUAUGUUGUAGACCUUCUUUAGAUCGUAGAAUGCUAUAGGAAUAAUAGUGUUUUGAGAGCGGAGAUGGAGUUGGGUAAAUUCGAAAGACUUGUCUUGGCCAUUUAAUCUCUUCCAUUCAGCGAAUUUGAUGUGAUUUUAAUUUGAAUUAUCCAUUACUAAAAAAAGAGCAUGUAGGAAGCAUAGUUUUAACUCAGCCAGAUAUUCCAUUACGCACAUACAUACAUACAUAUACACAAACAUAUUUUAAACAUAGACAUAACAAUAAUUUUUUUUAAUCGAAUCCCUUGCACACAUUUGAUGAAUUGUUGCUUUCAUAUUGAUAUCAUCGAACAUCGAACUAUCGUAUACAUCGCCAAUAUAUAGCAUAUAUAGCAUAUAGUAUGUAGAGAUCGUACGGACAGCUAGCGGCUCUUGUUCGCGCCACCAUAUUUGAUAUGAUAUGAUUUUACUAAGUUGUAUUUAGCACUGAUUAGUUAUUAGAGUUCAUUGCGAUUAUUCCACAACAACAAAUUCCACACCAUAUAUUACGUAUAUACAUAUAUACAGUACAUUUAUAUAUAGUUCUAAUAAAGUAACUCCAUUCAUGUUCAAUUGAAA